CAUUCAACCAAGGCCCUCUUUUCUUCUCCCUUGUCGCCCGUUUUGACUCCUACAUGUCGCCUCGCCGUCGUCGAUCGCCGCCUGCUGAGGAGAGUGUAGAAAUAGCAGCGUUCCCCUUGACUCCUCUACUCCCGUUGCACACCCUCGAGCUCUCCCCAUCAGCGCGCACUACUCCCAGCACCGCCUCGCUCGCUGUCGCUGAGGCCUGGCGACGCAGCGGCGGCAGCAGCGACGACAACAAGCGCAGUCCCUCGCUCGACUCAAACAGCAGCAGCAGUAGCAGCAUCACAGUCAAAAUGGCCCAGCGCCACAAGCCAAAGGCGACGACAGUCGAGAGCGUCUCGGAUGUUUCUUCAUCAUCGGCUGAGCAGAAGAACAAAGAGGAGGCAAAGGAUCCGUACAAGGGCUACAACUAUGUCGAUUCGCCCGUCGUCACCGCAAUGCAAGAGCAGUUGCAGACGAAGAUGCUCAGCACUCCGAAGUCCUCGCCGACACUUCCAGCAAACGUCGGACAAGGUCAUGGUCACGGGCACGGACACGGACAGGGGCUGGCUUUUUUGCCGCACCCGAGCGAAGGGCCGUCUUCUGCCAACGUGGAGUCGCAACUGGCGAGCGACUUGCUCGAGCUUGGGCUCGGCGGUGGCAAUCGCCUCGAUGAAAACGCGGCCGAGACAAAGAAGCAGCAGCCGCAGUCUGGUGACCGCCACAACAAGCGAAAAGAGGACAAGUCUAAGAAAGCACCGCUGGAGUCGAGUGCGAUGACGGCAUCAAUUGCAGCACCGGCAUUGAGGAAGCCAAACUCGACCAGCGAGUCGCUCGAAGCAGCAACAACUGGCUCGCCAGCACUGGCCGACGCUCGCGGUCCUGAUCCAGCGAUUGCCAUGCCCCAGCCACUGGUUGGCGCAAGCUUGGCCAUGCCCACGCCGCACAUACCUGAGCCCAUACCACAAUUCCCAGUCCCCACGACACAGCCAGCAACUGUAGCAGCAGCAGCAGCAGCAGCAGCAACAGCAGCGGCGGCGGCGGUGGUGGGACCACAAAUGCCCACACCCAUGCUGCCACUCCCCGACACGACUGGCGGCCCAGCGAUGCCCGUGCCCACCGUGCCCGUCACUGAGCCAGUGCCGCCUCCCUCGAUGCCGAUUCCUGAGAUCAGGCAGGGCCCUUCGAUGCCAAUUCCUGAAGUCAGCCGCCCGACUGGGAUGCCAGUGCCGGAACACAAAGAGCCUCCUUCGAUGCCGGUGCCCGAAAUGAAGCCGCCUCCUCUGAUGCCGGUGCCCGAGAUCAAGCUGGCCCCUCCGAUGCCAGUGCCUGAGCUUCCUAUCGAAGAAAACAAAGAGCUAUCUCAAGAAGUGGCAGGAGAGGCGAAGAAAGGGCCCCAGCAGAGCCCAACAAGGCCAGGAGUCUCAUACAUGCCACUCAAGAUGCCCGCCCCUGAUCUGCCAACCUCAUCGCCGGCACCCACGCGAAUAGCAGAGCCAGUGCCUGUGCUUCCCACGAACCAGGCAGCGGACCGAAAGGACCGAGAGGAGGACAGACCGCCUCGACCGUCAGGCCACAAGGAGCACCUAAUCGCACCUCACAUCCCCAUGCCGGUACCCGACCUCAGCAUGGCCGAGCGUGAGGCGGCAGCGUGGCAGAUGGGCGCAACGCCCGUCUCGAUGCCAUCAACGGUGCUUCCGGGCAAGGUCGUCGAGAUGCCCAUUCCUGCAUGGCAGUGGCCACCAUCGGUCAUCAUGCCGAACCACCAACGCGGAUACGAGCUGCCCUCUUCGACGUAUGCGUCUUCGUCCGCAGUCAGCUCCUCGCUCUGGAGCACCGACCUGGUGCUGCCGCCCAACGCGACGCAAACGGACCGCAUACGGUUCACCUCCAGAAUGAUCGUCCGCGAGCUGCUCUCGACGAUUCCACGGUCAAGCUGGGAGAGGAUCGAGCCUGCCCAGCUUAGCGGUAUGCUAAAGGACACACUCAAGAAAAUCAUGGGUGCUUCAUCCUCUUCCGUGGCAGAAUCAGUCGUUGAGAACGGGGAAGAGGGACAGGAACAGAUGCAGUCGAUGGGAGACAGAGGAGCAGGCGAAGACGAAGACGAUGCAACCACGGUCAAGGGCGGCUUCAGAAGCACCUAUGGUCCAGCACGAGGUCCAGUACCCAUGCCUCAGCCGCAAGCACCGUCACACCUUCCUCCUUUUGCGGUACAAAUGGCCCCACCUCCGCUGCCACAGAUGUACAUGCCGAUGCCUAUCCCGACAUUUCCUCAACAUUUCUACUCCCAGGCCUCACCUUCCUUGCCACUGUCACCCCAGUUCUCCUAUGCGCCCUACCUGUCGCCACCAAUCCCGUUCAGCUACUACUCUCCGGCUCCUCUUCCCCCGCUUCCCAGCUUCAUUACCUCUCCUUCCUAUCAGAGCCAGGAGCCACUGCCCGCGCAAGUCGCUGACACUCGUCGUGAGCACAACAGUCCUCCCCAGAAUUCUCAAGAUGCUCCCGUUUUUCCAAAGUCUUCGCAAGAGCGCGAGUGGAACGCACAGCUUGACCAAUCGGUCGAUGAGGAGCUGCAAAUGCACGGAUGGCCCCCCUUCCAGCCACACGACUUCAGCGCCGCAACACCAAAUUUCAGCUCUGAAUAUGCUCCUGACCCAGCGAUGCUGCAGAAUUCCUGGGCUGAGGCUGGUCAGCCUCAUUUCCCACCUACCCCGGUGAUGAUGGCUUCGAAUGGCUGGCAAAGUGAUGCCGUGUAUGCGCAAGAGCCUGUGCCGAUGCCCACCAUGCCUCACUUCCUGCCGUCUUUGCCAGCUUCUUUUGCUGCAUAUCCAUCUGUGACAGCAGCCCCACCGCCUCGAGCAUGGGCAGACAGCUACGCACGCCACCUUGGAUCCAUCGCCGCUUCAGCACGUCCGAGACAGCCUGGGCCCGUGGCGUCCGAACUCGAGCGCGAGAAGGCCUCGUCACGCACCGCACGCAAGGCUUACGACAAGCUGACUCACGCCCAGCGCCGCCUGCAAGCUGCUGUCCCGCUCGGGCCCUAUGAUGCGCGCGAGCUUGAUGAGCGCAAAAGGCGUGCCGAGGCGGCCGAGGAGGACUUUGGCCAUGGUCAGGGCUUGCGCGAUCGAGUUCGGUUGGAGGACGCAUACAGGCAGGCGUACGUCCCCGUCGGACUCAGGCGGUACGAUGGACCCACGAGGGGGUGGGAUCUCAGCCAGAGGCCGCGGGAAGUCAGGUGGACGGAGCGCAAGAUCGAGAGGGGCGGCAGCAUGCCAGGUGCCUUUCCGAGUCCCCUCUCGCCGCUGACGAGGGGAGACAGCAGAAAGGAGGAGUUACCGGUGUGGACCAAUUUCCCUGGCUGGACUUUUGCACAGCAGCGCCUUACAAAUGGCGGCGGCGGACUCAUCAACCGGGCAGGCGCAGCCGCAGGCCAAGAAACGCCAGAGAAGUUUGCAGCACGCUUUUCGACGCCUACGGCCGCGCCGAUCCAACCGCGAGAGAAGUUCAGUGCGAGCAAGGACGCAGUCACGCCCUAUGGCAUGCCUGAGCAUGUGAGUCACACUCUCCCUGUGGCCACCACGGCUGCAGUCAUGACAGCAGCGUCCUUUUGACCGUGUUAGAGUCUAUUGUCGUCGUGAGUGUGGCUCACUUUCAGCGUUUCCUACUUUGCGCACUGUCCCGACGAUUUCCUCAUUGCAGUGCUUUGCGUGGGACAUGAUGCUGCGCUCUGCGACCUCGACGGAGCACCUCGAGAACGUCAACCUGGGCAACGGACCCAACCCCUAGGCUUCGAGCCGGUCU